CGAGCAGGAUCCUGCCCAGAAGCUUGCUCACAGUACUUUCUCCUUGUGGUUCCAGCAGUGGCGAUAUCAUUUUGAGAUGAGACCAGUUGUCCGACAUGUUUAAUAUACAGUGCUAGCAAAGCUUCAAUUUGCAGACGCUGCUCAGCGUGCAAGGCAUGUCAGAGGAACGCUGUCGGCGAUCUUAGCGUAUCUGCUGUCCUUUGGUCGGGUACCCAGAGGGCCGUCGAUUUGGGAGCUACCGAAUUAUGAUAAUGAUUGGCGGUCUCCAGAUGAUGGGUUUUCUGGAACCAAGGCUUCAUAUACGUUUGGUGUCUUGUUGACCGAUGUGAAGAAUGAUGCGAUGUCUAUACACUGGCUUCAGCCGUCCAAGAACUUCGGCGGCGAGGGUAUCCAAGCCAGGGUUGGCACGUACUCGGUGCGACAUCUUCUGAAUCGGGUGGGCAUUCUACACGAUGGUGGUCCUAGACUGGCGGGGCUUUUGAUUGCUAUCGCGGUGGGCGGUGCUUGGGCCUGGAGUUGCGAGGCCACCUUGGCGGAGCAUCGUAGCAAGAGCGAGGCCGAGUUGACGGACUUCUUGCACUGUGCGACGAUGUACGGCGGUUGCUGAGACAUCCUUUUCAUAGGUCAUGGGCGCGCAGCUGUAACAAGGAUUUGCAAUUUUUCGAUGCCAGUGCUUCGUUCUUUCCGUCAGCUAUUUCUCCACGCGAAGCAUUUUACGUAUUUUGGCUUCGAGGUUUGGUUCCGGUAGUAUGGGCACGCACGCCUGAUCCUCAGUUUGCGGAGGAUGAGAUUCGCAGCGGCUAUUCAGCAGACUCAGCCCGGUUGUCGACCACGUCUUUCAGUUGAGGCUCCAGCCGUCGUGUUCGGCGAUGCCAGCGCCGACCCGCGACGGCGCAGCGUACCAGUGGGAGCGACUGUUAUCUCAAGCUUCGAACCCCCUAGUGGGUGGCGCUCACAUCGCUGGUGCUUUGUCGGGCAGUGAGCAGACGGUCCCCAGAAGGGAGCAGUACAUUCUAUGGCUUGCUUUACAAGCCAGUGCUGGGCCCAGUCACGACACCCCAGACUGCGAACAUGUAUAUCGUGGAUGGUAUCAUGGCUGGCAGUCUGCCCUUGUGGGGGCGACGCGGACAUCUGGGUUCACAUUCACGUGCUGGUGGCCACGAGGGACGUGACUGAUGUUUAGGUCGGGUUCGCUCGUUCUCACCUGACUGGAAGUGAUAUUGUUGACGGGCGUGUGGGGAGAUGGAAGGUUGUUGGUAACGCCAUCAUCGACGAGCUGGUUCGUGCGAUGGCGACGGACGUUCGAUUUGGUCCCGAUGUGCGCCAUCACAUCCCGGACAUCGACCGCCAAUCCUUUCUGGCGAGGCACAGCCUGAUCAUCGCGGCCGCAGACUCCAUGGCCAGCGUCAUCCAGGAUUUGAAAUGGAGGAAGAUGAGCGACGCCCCCCUCCCCUUCUCCCUCCUCCUCGAAUGUGAACUUUCAGUUUCCCCGACCUGUUACGCUUUCCGACGACAACUGCCGUACACGCAAGCGUUUAAAUUCGGCCCCCUUGAAGCGCCUGGAGGCCUGGAAAAAAGACAGCCCCUGGCCGUUAUUUCACGCCCCUGAAUCUCAAUGGGGGGUUUCAAACGGUGCCUUUAGGACUUAGGUUGCACGUGGCUGCUGACUGGGUGCACGAAUCGCACGCGCUAAAGGUACGCAUGCAGCUGUGGGUUUUCGCCAGUCAACAGACACGUAACCUCCACAAGCCCUGUGGUCGAGCCACCCCGACAGGAGAAGGGUAUUCCAGGUCGAUCCGUCAAGGUCAGUGGUUUAAUUUCCUAAGACUGGCUGAGAAGGCGAAGAGCUCUGGUGCGAGGCGCGGUCGUCCUCCCUCAGCCUAGGCUUCCUUGAUUUCAGUUAUUGAAUAAACAUUUUGAUUAUCAUUCGCUUGAUCGACCUUCGGCUCUCCGGCCCGAUCCUCCUCCCCG